UCAGACGAACAGAUUAUAACGGACUACCAUGGAUAUUUAACACAGAAUGAACAAAUAAGCACUGAAGAUGUUAAUGAAAGAAGAUAUAAAUACAUUCGUGCUAAAGGUUAUGACAUAAGCUGUACUGUACAUUAUGACACAGGUAAAGCACAAGAAGCAUUUAGUUAUAACGAUGAAAUUUAUGCCUCUACUUUCUCUGUUAAAGGUGUAUUAGUUGAACCAAGAUUUACUUUGAGAGUUAAGUCAAAAAUAACGUUUGAAGAUGCUAUUAAAAGUAAAGCUGACAAACUUGAACUCGAAGCAAUGAACAAAGUUUUGAAAUCUCAUAAACACAACAUCUCCGAUAUAAAUGAACUUCAAGCUUCAUUAAAUAGUAAAGCCGACAAGAACCAUACACAUAAAUCCUUCACUACUGUUAGAGCAGACGACAUAAUAUUGAACUUUGACCUUGGUUCAAGUGCACCAUUAGAAAAUCCAAGUACAAGCGUAAAAGAUACUCUUAACAAUUUAGAUAAGAGUUGCAGGAAUAUUGAAGAUCAUGCCAGAAACUUUGAAGCAUAUGAACUACCAGCAAUGUUAGAUAAAAAAGCUGACAAGAACCAUACACAUAAAUCCUUCACUACUGUUAGAGCAGACGACAUAAUAUUGAACUUUGACCUUGGUUCAAGUGCACCAUUAGAAAAUCCAAGUACAAGCGUAAAAGAUACUCUUAACAAUUUAGAUAAGAGUUGCAGGAAUAUUGAAGAUCAUGCCAGAAACUUUGAAGCAUAUGAACUACCAGCAAUGUUAGAUAAAAAAGCUGACAAAACAGAGCUUCAAACAUUAAAGACAGAAAUACUUCAAACAUUAUAUCCUAUAGGUUCUAUUUAUACGUCAAUGAACUCAACAAAUCCAGCAACAGUUCUGGGUUUCGGUACGUGGGAACAGAUUGUAGAUAAAUUCUUAUACUGUGCUAGAUAUUCAAAGCAAACAGGAGGUUCGAAGAAAAUUACUGAAGCAAACCUUCCACCGCACACUCAUACAGGAACUACAAACUUUUCUGGCGACCAUAGCCACUCAUUAAGAGACCACCCAUUAUACAACUCAGAGUAUGAAGCUGGCAAUGACGUUUUAUCUCCAUCUUAUAACAAUGCAGCAAAAAAGACUUUUCGACCAACUGAACCAGGAGGAAAUCAUUCACAUACUUUCACAACAAAUCCAACAGGCUCGGGUGCAGAUUAUAUGCCACCAUUUGUGACUGUAUUCGCAUGGUAUAGAGUUCAAUGA